CAUGGGCGAGCUGGGCCCGGACGGCGAGGCCGGCAACACGUACAGCCUGCGGCCCGGCUUCCAGCGCCGAUUUAAACCUUCUGCUGUGAAAGAAUGUAUCCAUGCAAUACUGAAAGAGAAGUUGACCAAUGUGCAGUAUGUCCCAGAAGAAAUGCCKCAACUUACAAAAUCCUUAUCAGAGACGAUAAAAGAUCGACUGAAAGAUGAAGGAUUUGACAGAUACAAAAUGGUUGUGCAGGUUGUGAUUGGAGAGCAGAGAGGAGAAGGAGUGAACAUGGCUGCACGAUGUUUCUGGGAUGCUGACACCGACAGCUACGCUCAUGAUGUUUUUAUGAAUGACAGCCUGUUUUGUGUGGUGGCUGCAUUUGGCUGUUUCUACUAUUGAAGAUGGCAAAUAUUGCACAAAAGGACUGGGGGAGAGGAAGAGGGGAGAUUUAUGUUGUUUUUUGCUAACAUACUGUAAAGAAUCAGGUCCUUCCAUUUUUUAGAAUAAGAAAGUACAGCUUUGCAAAACCCAUCCUACACCUGUUACACUACAACAGCCCUUCUUCCUUGAURUGAAUAUAGCUUUAAACAGAUUAUUGCUAUGUCCUUUAUUUAAAACACCCUUUGUUUCGUAUAAAGUCAGCUGGUUUUCUUCCAGAAAAGCAUGCUGCUAAUGACCAUUCUUUCUAAGACAAACUCAGCUUUUGUCU